AUGUAUGUAGUAGGGUUGGGUGGUGGAAUUGAACUUUUGAGACAACAAGAUAUACACAAGCACAUGCAAUGCCCUGUCUCGCAUCAGUGUGAAAAAGCAAUGGAUGUAGAAAGUGCAGAGAAUGAAGUUUCAGUUUCUUCUGCUAUUCUCACAAUUGCAUCUAGACAGAAUGAAGUUCUUUCUCCGGAAGAUCUUGCUUGGGCUGAUUCCUGCCUAGUUAAAGAUUCUGAUAUUUCAGAAACUGAUUGGGUCCCGUUGGAAAAUGCUUUAUUAGAAAUUAUCAGUUCCCAAUCUCAGUCUUUCAGUAUUGAAGAAGAAGACGGAGAAAUUCCUCCCUACCCUACGAGUUCUGAAAAUAUUACUGUGGAACUUAAUCAGCAAUCUUCAACUUCUGACGGGAGACGCAUAUCUGAGUCUUCUUCAACUUAUGAUGUUAACCCAUUACGUGUGGCAGUAGAAUCAAGCGCAGAUGAUAUUCCAGAUGAAGAAACGACUGAUACCUUGCCAUCUGUGAAUCCUUUUCUGCCAACUUAUAAUGAAAACUUGAAGGAGAAUGAAACCAUUGAUUUUGUGGAUCUGGAUUCUUCCUCUUAUGAGAUGGAGCACCUCGCUGAGAAUAUCUUCAAAAUUUGGGAUAUUGAUAUUCCAUCUGAGGAAGGUGAACUGGUUAAACAGUUGGACAAAGCCUUAUCAGAGAAUUCCUUUCAAACAGUGCCAUCAUCUUUUAAUGAUUCAGGGAAGUUGAUGGACAUGAACUCACUCGAUGAUCUCGUUGCUGGAAUUGCUGACUUGUCAUUAAAUGAAAAUGCGUAG